GAAAAACAGUAAUGAUGAUAGGUUAUGUAUUAGUUUAUAUCCCAGUUAAUUCCAGUAGCUAAGGCUGAUUAAGUUACAAAAUCAAAAAAGUCACUGGCCAGUUAAUAAUAUCAUCAACAACAUUGCAAAAAAAAACUAUUGCUGCAAUGAAACCAAAGUAGGCACUUACACUGAAUUCACCGAGUGCGCCAUAAUAAAAUUGUCUGUAACAAACAUAAUAACAAAGCUAUAAAUAUCAAUAACACACAUAGUUAUAUUUUGUUUUAUUCACAAGUUGAAAUAAAUCAAACAAUAAGUACUUACACGCCAAGUUUGAAAUAUAACAAAUAACAAUUCCUUCGUUUUCCUUCACACUACACUCUACUCUGACGCCAUCUAUCGGAAUAUUAACGCAAUGUGACGACGCGAGCCGCCUUAGAGGCGUUUCCGUUUACUCAAAACCGUAAUUUUUAUUUUUAAAAGUAGGUACUUAAAAUAUUUUGAUUGAUGUCGCAAAUUUAAGGACAUUAAAUCAUUAUUUAACAUGUUUUUAUAAUGUUGUACUACAUUUAAAAAUAACUCCAAGUCGUCCAUUCCUAUUUACAAAACAUUUCUUGAUAGUUUCCGGUCUAGUUUUGAUGAUGUUGGCAAUACCUACACGUCGACGUCCCGGUCUAGUUUUUUUUUAAUACGAUGUUUUACGGCUCUGGGUACUAAGAAAUAGUUUCUUCCAUAGAUUAGACAGAGACUAGUUUUAUCCGACGAUUGGUAGAUUCAUUUUAAAGUUAACCCAAUGUAUUUAGUUUUUCUUCUUAUAAUUAAAUUUUAUUUAUAAUAAAAAAUCUGUUGACUUCGAGUAAUCACAUGAAAUAUAUAAAUAAUUACCCUCCUAAAAGGUUACAGUCUAACAACUGAAACGUCAAGCGGAAAAAAUCCUUGAUAUAUUAAAUUAAUUCAAAGGUAUCGGUAAUAAUCAAGAACAAAAUGAAAUUUUACAUAAUAUGUUCCUGGAAAAUAAUAAAAACAAAUUAUAUUAUCUGUGCAAUAACCAUACUCCUGGCUUAAAAGAGCUUGCACCCAGAGCCGUAAAACACUAUAGGUACAUAUAAAAAAAAACCCACUCCAUCUUUGAAACUUGAUCAAAUUUGAUGAACGAACUUUUAACUAAGUUGCAGUCUUGUGGUGUUCGGGUUAAAUUACAUAAUGUAAGUAUUUUACCUGUAUUAAAUCGAAAAAAUAAUAAAUAUCGAGUAUCUGCUUAUGAUUAUUUGGAUCAGUUAUUACCUGUAAUAACAAUAUUUUCUUCUUUUUCAGAAAAUAUGGGCGCAUGCUGCUCCGGCGGUGGCUGGUGGAGCCGGUGGUGCUGGGACGGCGGAGUCCCUGGCUCAGCUGUGGGCGAAGGCGGCGGUGGCGUCGAGUGUGAGGCGAACGAGGAGACGCCGCUGCUGCCGGCUCCGCCGAGCCCGGGCCAGCAGAGGGCCCUACAACUAAGGGCAGAGGAGCGGGGCCGGCGAGUGGAGGAGCGGGCCCGGACAGCCGCCCGCCUCCACAAGAUGCGCCAGAGCGGGCGCGCGUUUCGGCCGCUCCACGAGCGCCCGCCCGAGCGCCGCCAGCUGAGCGACGCGGAGCUGCGGGAGCUGCAGGCGGCGUGGCGGCGCGCCGUGCAGUCGGCCGAACGCCGCCUUGCGGCGCAAAUUAAUAAAUUUUAGGAGCUUUAUAC